UCCUCUCCGUCCUCUGCUUUUCUCUCUUUCCCUCCACGACCGUAUCAUACCCUCAUAACCUCCGACUCUGCUCCCAUCCAUCAUCCGCAAACAUGGCGGGCUUCGUCCAAAAAGGCACCAAAAACAUCCUCACCAAAUCCCCCACCGACAUCGUCUUCCUCUCCGCCCUCCGCACGCCCGUCACUCGCGCCAAAAAAGGUGGUCUCGCACAGGCUUACGAUCACGAACUGCUCGCCGCCGUCCUCUCUGCGACACUCAAAGCGACACCCAAUCUCGAUUCUGCCUUGAUCCAAGAUGUACACAUCGGCACCGUCCUCUCCGAGCUGGGAGGCAGUAAAGCCGGACGCAUGGCUGCCCUGCACGUGGGAUACCCGGAAACAUCCUCCUUCCAGACGGUGAACCGCGCGUGUAGUAGUGGCCUAUCGGCCAUCACGGGUGUAGCGCACGCGAUUGCAACGGGACAGAUUGACAUCGGAGUGGGAGGCGGCAUGGAGAGCAUGACGCGGAAUUACGGCAGUCGGGCGAUUCCCACGCAGUUAUGGGACGGAUUGAAGGAGAGCCAGGUGAAAGAGGCGAGGGAUUGUGUGAUGAGUAUGGGGUUGACGGCGGAGAAUGUCGCGGAACGAUAUGGCGUGAGUCGGGAAGAGCAGGAUAAGUUUGCUGCCAACAGUCAUGUGAAAGCGGCCAAGGCGCAGAGUGAGGGACUUUUUGAUAAGGAGAUUGUGGAGGUGAAGACGAGGAGGGUGCCCGAUCCCGAGCAUCCUGAGAGCGUGGAAGAGAUCACGGUGACGAAGGACGAUGGGAUCAGGCCGCAGAGUACAGCUGAGGGACUGGCGAAGAUGAAGCCUGCGUUUAAACCUGAUGGAACGGCGACGGCGGGGAAUAGUAGUCAGGUGUCGGAUGGUGCGGCGGCGGCGCUGAUGAUGAGGAGGAGUACGGCUACGGCGCUGGGGUUGGAGGGGAGUAUUAUUGGGAAGUGGGCGGGUACGCAGGUCGUGGGUUGCAGACCAGACGAGAUGGGGAUUGGACCGGCGAUUGCGAUUCCGCGGUUAAUGGAGUAUACGGGUGUUGACAAGAAGGAGAUUGGGAUUUGGGAGAUCAACGAGGCGUUUGCAAGCCAGGCCGUGUUUUGCGUGAGGAGUCUGGGGAUUGAUGAGAGCAAGGUGAAUCCCAAGGGUGGUGCGAUUGCGUUGGGACAUCCGCUGGGAGCGACGGGGGCGAGACAGUUGGCGACGUUGUUGCCGGAGAUGGAGAGGCAGGGCCAGGAGUUGGGGGUGAUUAGUAUGUGUAUUGGGACGGGCAUGGGGAUGGCGAGUUUGAUUGUCAGAGAGUAG